AUAAACGCUUCGGUAAUAUAUCGUUAACGACUUCAUUUGUGAACACCGCCGUAGGAUUUAUAUUAAACGGAUCAAUAAAUUCGCAGAUUGGUUAGAGUUCAAAAAUGAUAACGUUAACUAUCUCCAGAUAUCGGAAAUGUCUUAUGUGACGUAGCGAAAUGGGAGGCGCUAUCGAUUGAGAUUGUGGAGAGAGGAAUGUAUAAAUACCGCUGAAAUAGCGUGUUGGAUAUAUGGCGAGUGGUAGUGGAUGACUUAAAUACAAAGUGUGUUUAGUGUAACAAAAGCCCAGUGACUUUCAAUGUUUUUCGUGGCGAUUCAUCAAUAUGACCUCUAAUUUAUACGAACUUUUCAGCGAUGCAUUACUCCACCUUCCGUCUGCGAUUGACAGCUUGGUGCGGUCCAAAGAACAUAACGAAUCACAUCUUGGAAGAAAUGUUACGAUCGCGGACGCAGCUGCAUCGGGCGAUUUUCGCAUCCUUCAACCAAUAUGGGAUAUACGAUUAGGGAGAGAAAACUUCUUUGCUUCCCCAUUAUUUCCCGUGAUUCUGUCUGUUUCGUUCUACUUCAGUUUCUGCACACCGUUUAUGAUAGCCGACUUGCUGGGAGAUAAACUACCAUGCAUACAUAAGUACAAGAUUCAGUCGAAUUUGGAGGUAACCUGGGCGCAGAUAUGGGACACUGUGAGUCUCACAUUUUGGAAUCAUGUACUCUACAUCCUUCCGGCGGCGGUAUCUCAGUGGGUGUGGACCCCUGACACGUAUCUUCCAGAAAGGGCACCUACUCUCUUCGAGUUUCUUUGGCACCAAGUAGCUGCCUUGGUCAUUUUUGACUUGCAGUACUUUGUGUGGCAUUGGACGCAUCAUAAGGUGCGUUUUCUAUACAAACAUGUGCACGCUCUCCAUCACCGCUACCACUCGCCAUUCGUCUGGACAACGCAGUACCUCCAUCCAUGGGAGUUGAUCACCGUUGGCUUUCUUACAACGACUAACACUUGGUUCUUCAACUGCCACCCACUGACUAUAUGGAGUUACAUGGUGGUUUCGAUCAUAGUCAGUGUUGAAGCACACAUUGGGUUUGACUUUCCCUUUACUUUAAAUCACUUCUCGUUCGGAAUGAUAGGCGGGGCACCGAAGCAUGACAUGCAUCAUUUAAAGCCGCUGACGAACUUCCAGCCUUUCUUCAAUCAUUGGGACAAGAUUUUCGGGUCGUACUGCCCAGUCAUGACAAGGGGAGGAGUCAAACCGCCAGACCUCCUUGAUUACGAGCGGAAACAGAAGGAAACAAAGAAAACCUUUGAUUAGAGACAGCUGUUUGUUCAUGUGAUACGACCGUUACUAUUCUAUUGUGUGCCAAUGCAAUGUUAACCGCAAUGUUAACACCGUCUUCUGUAAUUCAGGUAGUUUUAUAUCAAGUAGGACAUACUUGUACGUUUACUAAUUCAUGCUGUGCUUAACAUUGACAAAUUACACAUGUGGAAAACAUUCCGUGUGGACUCAGUUCACGUUGGUUAAAAUUCAUCAUUGAAAUAUUUCUCAUCAAUUGAUUAACAGUUCGUCAUCGGAUAUUGAUUACUAAGUAGUUCGAACUUCCUGUACUUAUUGGUUAUUUAGAUCGAGGAUGACUGUAUUUGAAGAGAUGCUAGAACAUCGGCUGGUUCUCUGUGAUAUAUUGUUUAAUCUCAACAUUUUUUUACAUUUAUACUUAAAAUUAAUGUGCAUUAUGUCGUCCCGUUAUUGAACUUAUUUAUUUGACGUACAGUCGAAUCCCGUUGGCUCAAACUCGCUUGGCUCGAUUUCCUCGGCUAGAACUGGGUGUUAACGAGCGAUUUUGUUUCAACUGAAUGUAAACAUUCACGCUUGGCUCGAAUUUCCCCGAGUGCGGAGGUAUUUUUGCCGAUCCCUGAGAGUUCGAGCGAACGGGGUUCGACCGUACUUCCACAUGUUUGCCUGCUUUGACGAAGUUAUUAUGGUAUUCCGUUUGCAACCUCAGACCAGAUAACAUUUCAAACCUGGAUUAGUGGAGUUUUUUCUUACUAUUGUUUUGAACAGAGUAAUUAAUGAAUUAUUUUCACCUGAAAGAAUGUUUAUACUAAGCAUUUAAUUGUUUUACCAUAGUAAUUCAUGUUUUAUCCGGCGUACAACUCCAUGUGUGUUUACAUUUGCAUUGGUAAACGUAGUUCAGUGAACAAAUGGUCAAGUGCACGUGUUAAUGACGCGAUACUCGCCGACAGCACGUGCAAACCUUGACGAUCACAUAUACAAAAUAUAGUGGUAUAAGCUUGCAUGAAUGACGCCCUGUAUCUCCCCAAUACAGUGCUGAAAUGCGGGUAUUACUUAUUCCUUUUUUAUAACCGUUUUUGAAGUGGAUAAGACAUAGAAUAUAAACAUUUGAAGAAGUCCCUACUAUUACUUUUUAUAAAAUAAUUUACAUGUUAUUAUAUAGUAUUUAUGAUGUGAUGCUAUGCAUAUAUGACGAACUGUUUCAUCCCAAAACGGUUUCGAAGUGCAUUAUGAACACACCAGAAUAUAUUUGUUGUAAUAGUUAUUAAAUUUUACUCAUGAAUUUUUAGCUGCCCUUUUGUAUAGUCAUGAUUGAUGAUCGAUGAAUGUCAUAACGCACACAUCAAUGUAUCGAUAUAGGAUAGUUUAUCGUUGUAUCGAUAGUGGAUAGUAUAUCGUUAUAUCGAUAUAGUCGACAUAGGAAAUAUAUCGUUGUAUCGAUAUUGAAAAGUAUAUAAUUGCACAACUACUUCAAUCGAUAUUGAGCUUUAUUCGAUAUUUUAACUAAGUUUAAAUUAUCUUGAUUUUGUGUAGUUUGUUGUUGUUUUUUUAAUUUAAGGGAAAAACAAAAGUUUGUAUAAAAUCCGAUUUUUACAUUUGUUAAAAAUAAAAGAAUAUUCUUAUCAAUAUAUUCGAAGCGGUCAUGAACAAAUAUUUCAUAUAUUUAUUUACUUAUUACAUUUUGAUUAAGAAGCUAUAGUCUAUGUAGAUUGUAAGCUGACGUAGUAUUGCGUUUAUGACGCUCUGUAUCACCCCAAUGCAGCGCUGAAAUGCGGGGUAUUAUGUCACGCUUUUAUCUUAGAUAUGUAGACCUUCACGUAGGUUUUAUUUUGGAAAUGAUUUUGUCACAUACUUUUAUUUUACUUAAGUGUAUUAUCGUGUUUAAUGUAUUGAAUAAUUCAUUGAUAAACAAUUAAUAAUGUACAUCUUUUAUUUACAUAUUUGUGUUUAAAGGGACUGUUUCGUGAUUUAUAAAAUGCACUUUUAUGGGAUAAAAAAAUCGAAAUAAAGUGUGGCAAAUCAA